AAGGGGCGGGAGGGGAAGGAGGAAGGGAAGGAAGGAAAGGAAAGGAAGGAGGGGAGGAAGGAGGAGCUGAGGCGGCCGCGCACGGACCGGCGGGACCCGCCACAGGAGAUCCUGCGCGGCUCCCGCCGGGGCCGCCAGCCAUGCGCACAGCAGGAUGAAGCUGCAGGCGGUGGUGGAGCAGCUGCAGAAGCAGCAGCAGCAGCAGCAGCAGCAGCAGCAGCAGCAGCAGCAGCCGGCGGUGCCCAUGGAUUGCCGGGAGCGCCGCCGGGAGCCGCAGGUGCCGUUCCCGACACCGCCGCCCUUCCCCAGCCAGCCCCGUGCCGGGCGCGCCCCGGGCAUGGCACCCGCUGUGCCCGUGGGGAUGUCACCCACCGUCCCUGUGGGGAUGUCACCCGCCGUCCCCACGGGCAGAGCCCCCGCCGCGGCCGGCCGGCCCUUGGAGCAGAGCAGCGGGAACUCUGAGGACGAGGAGGAGGAGGAGGAGGAGGAGGAUGAAGAGGAGGAUGAAGAAGACGGCGCUGAGCUGGAGGUGCCCGGCCAGGAGAGCUGCUCUGCCCUGGCCUAUUUCCGCGCUCCCAAAGGUGGCCACGGCAAGCAGAGAGCGGGGUCCGGCUCCAGCCCCGUGCCAGCCCCCUGCCAGCCGCGGGGAGCCCAGCAGGGCAAGGAGGAGCAGGGCAAAGACUCGGCCAAGCAGCCCGGAGCCUCGGCGGGGCGCCCCGGCUGGCGCCUGGAUGAGCAGCUCAAACAGAACGGCGGCGGGAGCUGGAGCGACGAAGGCGACGGCUGCCGGGGAAGGGAAAUCUCCCGAGACUUUGCCAAGCUCUACGAACUGGACAGCGACCCCGAGCGCAAGGAGUUCCUGGAUGACCUCUUCAUCUUCAUGCAGAAGAGGGGAACUCCCAUCAACAGGAUCCCCAUCAUGGCCAAGCAGAUCCUGGAUCUCUACAUGCUCUACAAGCUGGUGACCGAGAAGGGCGGGCUGGUGGAGAUCAUCAACAAGAAGAUCUGGAGGGAGAUCACCAAAGGCCUUAACCUGCCCACCUCCAUCACCAGCGCCGCCUUCACCCUGCGCACCCAGUACAUGAAGUACCUCUACGCCUACGAGUGCGAGAAGAAGUCCCUGAGCUCCCCGGCCGAGCUGCAGGCCGCCAUCGACGGCAACCGGCGCGAGGGCCGGCGGCCCAGCUACAGCUCCUCCCUGUUCAGCUACUCGCCCUCCGCGCCGGCGCCUCCUUCCCUGCUGUCCCCCCCCAAAAUCCGCUUCCCCAUCAUCGCCGCCGGCAGCCCCCGCGCCUCGCCCGCCCUCAGGAAAGGUGACGGCGUGGUGCCCCUCAGCGUGGCCGUGCCCAGCCGCCUGGCCGUGCCCGUGGCGCUGGGCGGGCAGCAGGCCAGGACGGCCACGCUGGAGCAGCUGAGGGAGAGGCUGGAGGCGGGAGAGCCGCCCGAGAAGAAGGUGCCGCGCAUUUCGGAGGAGGAGCAGCGGCUGGUGCAGCAGGCCCUGCAGCGCAACCUGUUCAGCAUGGCCCGGCAGAUCCCCAUGAAGAUCAAAAUCAACGGGAAAGACAAGGCCGACUCGGCGGCGGCGGCGCUGAACCUGUCCCCCAACGGCAUCGGCAGCAUCAACAUGUCCGUGGAGAUCAACGGCACCACCUACGCUGGGGUGCUGUUUGCCCAGAAGCCCGUGGUGCAGCUCCUGGCCGGCUCGGGCCCGCAGAGCUCGUGCAGCAGCAGCAGCAGCAGCAGCAGCAGCAGCAGCAGCAGCAGCUCCCACUGCUCCCCCAGCCCCACCUCGUCGCGGGGCACGCCCGGCGCUGAGCCCUCCACCAGCUGGUCCCUCUGACAGCCCUGCCCGGGGCUGCACACAUACCUCACCUCACAGAACCUGCUCUCGUGGCUGCACAGCACCUGCAGGAUGAUGAUGAUGAUGAUGAUGAUGAUGAUGGUGGUGGUGGUGAAACCUUGCCAUGCCAGCGAGUUUUCCUUCAUCGUCUCUUUGUCCGGCCUUGUUUUGGCUUUGUUGCCACCCUGCUUUCCUUCCUCCCUUUUCCUCUUUGUUUCCUCCUCCUCCUCCUCCUCCUCCUCGCAGGGUGUGGGGUGUUCCCAUGGAGGGGGGGCACACCUGGCGUUUCUCAAUCAGGGAUGGUUCUGGGGCCACAGCUCCUGGGAUGUCACCAGGGCAGGGAAAGGGCCAGGACUGGGGCUGGGAGCCCUGGUUCUGCUGGAACCCUGCAGGAAUCCUGGUUCUCCUGGAGCCCUGCAGGAAUCCUGGUUCUGCUGGAACUUUGGUUCUGCUGGAGCCCUGGUUCUGCUGGAGCCCUGGUUCUGCUGGAACCCUGCAGGAAUCCUGGUUCUGCUGGAAGCCCUGUGGGAACCCUGGUUCUCCUGGAACCCUGGUUCUGCUGGAGCCCUGGUUCUGCUGGAGCCCUGGUUCUGCUGGGAACCCUGCAGGACUCCUGGGUCUCCUGGAACCCUGGUUCUGCUGGAACCCUGUGUGAGCCCUGGUUCUCUUGGAGCCCUGGUUCUGCUGGGAACCCUGCAGGAAUCCUGGUUCUGCUGGGAACCCUGGUUCUCCUGGAACCUUGGUUCUGCUGGAACUCUGGUUCUGCUGGAACUUUGGUUCUCCUGGAGCCCUGGUUCUGCUGGAACUUUGGUUCUCCUGGAGCCCUGGUUCUGCUGGAACCCUGGUGUUCCUGGAACCCUGGUGUUCCUGGAGCCCUGGUGCUCCUGGAGCCCUGGUUCUGCUGGAACCUUGGUUCUGCUGGAACCCUGCUGGGAACCCUGGUUCUGCUGGAGCCCUGGUUCUGCUGGAAUUUUGGUUUUCCUGGAACCCUGGUUCUGCUGGAGCCCUGGUGCUCCUGGAGCCCUGGUCCUGCUGGAACCCUGAUCCUGCUGGAACCAGGGGCCAGCAGGGCUCUUCCCACCCACAACUCCGUGUUUUGACAAUCCUGAGAGCCGGGGGGUGCCUGGCCCUGUCCUCCCAUGGCAAUCUGCUCAUGUCCCUUCCUGCCGUGUCCCCUUGUCCUCAGGGGAGGCUCCUGAGCCUCCUUCCUGCUCCUCUCCACACUUCUGGCACCAUCAUCUGCUUGGUUCUGGCUGGUGCCACCUCCCCCCUCGAGUCCUGAGUGUCCCUGAGUGUCCCUGAGUGGUGACACGGCCAGCCUGGGCGUGCUGGGGCUCCGUGCCCCGCUCUGUGCCCACAGCAGGUCCCUGGGGUGGGUGCAGGGCUCAGGGCUGCAGGUGGAACCCAGGCUGGUUCCUGUGGGGCUCUGCACAAACCCCUGUGAUUGUACCCGAGCAGGGCCCAGGGAAUGCAGCCCCCGGGAGCAGAGCUGGAAUUCCCUCUGACUCAGCUGCUCAGGGCUCUGGUGCUGUCCCCUGUCCCCUGUCCCCUCCCCAUCCCCUGCCCUGGUGACAUCCCUGCGUCCUUCCCGUGCUGCAGGCCCGAGUCAGGUUUUUUGAGCAGACGAAAUACCUCAGAUAUGUAUUGUUGGGUUGUUUUGUUCGUGUUGGGUUGGUUUCUUUUAACCUCUUCAGGAAGUAUUGGCAUAUCCUUAUGGCUUGGGGGUUUUCAUAGGUGGGUUUUGCUGACUUUGUGUUUGUUUUAAUUUCUCUUGGCUUUUCAAUGGAUCACCAAAGACAGGGAGUUCAGACGAGGCUGAGCAGAGGAGCAGCGGCUUCCCCACCCUGCAGGAGCCACUGCAGCAUCACCCCGGGGCACUGGACAGCGGGAAAGGGGCAGGGCUGAGCCUGGCCCUGGGGCUGGGCACUCUCCUGGCUCUGCCACCACCCUGCCACCACCCUGGCAGUGCCCCGGGCUCUCUGGAGCUGCCCAUCCUGGCAGGGAUGCUGCUCCCGGCUGUCCCCAGCUGCUCCGUGGCAUUUCAUCCUCACACGCUCCCAGAGGGUUUUCCACCACCCUCUGGCACUCAAUCAGAUUAUUUUCCCCCCCCCCUUUUUUUUUAUUUUUUGUGUUUUCUUUUGGUUGUUUUAUUUUAUUCUUGGGUGGGGUUGGGGCUGUUUCCUCUGAGUGGGACUCUGGGGCACUUUCUGCUUUUCCCUCUGCUCUGCUCCUCGGCCCCGGGGAGCAGAGGCUGCUCCGGGGUGGGGCUGCUUUGUCUCACUUGCUAACGUUGUGUUUUCUUGCACAGAAAGGCACUCGAAUCACUGAAACUGCUUGGACACUACUAGAGUAUUAAUGUUGAUAAGCUUUACUCAAUCUAGACUGGAACUAGCCAGGGACUAACAGAUUGUUUUGUAUCCAAUUCAGGGAAAGAAUCAGGUCGGGAAGCGUAACAGAUACCUCAGUUAAAUAAGCUGCACCAAUAAACGGGUCCUUUUCCCAGCCCGGGGUGACAAGGACCAUCCAGACUGUGAAGAGUUAACCCUUUCCCUCAGCCUGGCUUUGGCCCUGGCAGCCUGAGCUGCGGGUCUCCUGCUGAGCUGCCAGGCUUUGGGAGGGGGUGCUGGAAACCAGCAGCGAGCGGGGGAGGCCGAGCGGGGGCCGCCCCAGCCCCGUGUAGUACUCAGGGUUUGAUGCUGCCAGCAGGAGGUUCCCAGGGCAGUGCUCCAUCCUCCCCCAGCUCCACACACCAGCCAAAAAAACCCCGGCCAGCCCCCAGCUUGCUCCCCCGGCGCUUCCAGGGGGGAAAAGCGAGCCCAGCCUGCUCCCGGGGCUGCGGGGAGGCACCGGGGCAGGCUGCGUGUGCCUGCUCCUUCCCAGGGGACUGCGACCAGAUGUUCUCUCCAAACAGCUGCAGCAGCCUUGCUAACUAGUUUUCUUACCUAUUUAAAAGAGAAAAAAAAUAAUAAAAUAAGUAAAUAAAAACAAAUGUGAUAGCCUAGGCGGUGGAUAAAUACCUCAACGUCUCCUUCCAACAAGUGUCUGUAUAUGUUGUUGUUGGGUUUUUUCUAUCUUACAGGUUAUCUGAAUGUUUAUAUUCCAAUAAACUUCUACCUCUUCA